AUGUAUUGGCGCGGACAACGAAUUGAUGACGAGUAUGAAGACGGAAGUCAAAGAGCAAGCGCUUGUGGUCCGAUCUUACCAAUUGUAACUACGGGGCGCAACAUGCUGUUUGGUGCUGGACCUAAUAAUUCAGAGGCAUCACCUUUAAUAUCUGGUACUUCGACACCAGGCGAUGGCUACCAAUCGCCGCCUUCUAGUCAUGCUAUGAGAUCAUCAUUGAAUGAUGAAACUGGACGUCAUACGCCACCGGCAAUGUCGUCAUCCACUCGACCAUCCGCACAACGAUGGGACCACAUAGAAAAUCUGGACAGGUUCUUCACGCUAGUUUACGAGUAUCAUCAAGGUGGUGGAUUCUUGACGAUAGCCGUCAAAAAACUGUUUAGUUUGGUCCAAUUUGUAUUUGUCGUGACGUUCUCGACGUUUUUCUUGCAAUGCAUUGACUACGAAGUUCUUUUCGCAAAUAAAAAUAUGACUACUACGGGUGAAAAAAUUACGGGAAAACGAAGCUUUGAUAUCGUACUUAAUAAUGCAGUAAUUUUGCAGGACGCCAUUGUUGCCAAUUGUGCUAGUCACCUGCAUCCGCUUGUGGUGUUCUCAAUAUUUGUGGCGACUAUCUUUUGGAUUCUGCGUGUUGUGAAAACGACUUACUAUUUGCUGGAAUUGCACGAGAUCCAACUCUUCUAUCGUUCCGCUUUGGUUAUCAAAGAUGCUCAGUUGUCAAAUCUUAAAUGGCAAGACGUCGUUCAACGUAUUUGUGAGGUGCAAAAACAUCUGCAUCUGAAGGUGGACCGUGACAAUAUAACUCCAUUUGACUUGUACAAUAGAAUACUUAGGUUCAAAAAUUAUCUAGUCGCUCUGGUAAAUACGCGAGUUCUUCCACCGGUUUUCAAUGUGCCUUUUAUUGGUCCCGUGCCCUAUUUACCGAACGGAUUAAAGUCGAACUUGCGGCGAAUCCUGUUUUUCGGGUCUACGUCGCCUUGGGCCGGACCAUAUUUGAAAGAUGAAUAUAAAGAUUUGGAUAAUCUCGAACUAUUGACAAGACAAAUGGAGAAAGAUGUCGCUAUGUAUGGGCUUUUGAACCUGAUCUUCUUUCCGCUGACAUUCCUCUAUCAAAUUUUGUACUCAUUUUUCACAUUAUCUGAGCUUAUAAAACGUCGUCGAGAUGCGUUGGGGAUGCGCAGGUAUUCGAAUUAUGGAAGGUACCGUCUAAGGCAUUUCAAUGAGCUCGAUCAUGAGCUGACGACGCGAUUAAACAGAUCACACUAUCAUGCAAAUGCUUAUUUGAACCAAUUCACGUCUGCUUUAACAGAAAUUUUCGCUAAAAAUAUCGCAUUCAUUGCUGGAGCUGUUGCUGGCGUCUUGGCUGUCCUGUCAGCCUGGGAUGAGGACGUUCUGCAGGUGGAGCAUGUCCUGACAGUGAUCUCUGUGUGUGGUGUCAUUAUGGUGGUAUGCCACGGUAUGAUGUCGGAUGAGAAUUUGGUGUGGCAACCGGAAGCGUUAAUGACACACAUCGCAAGCGAAUUACACUACGUACCGACGGAAUGGAGGGGACAGGCUCAUACUGAACAAGUUCGACGUGAGUUCGAGCAGCUGUUCCAGUUGAAGUGGAUGUUUUUCCUGCAGGAGCUGAGCAGUCCUAUCCUCACCCCAUUUAUCCUUCUCUUCUGGAUCCGACCGAAUUGUCGUGAAUUGGUUCGUUUCUUUCACGACAAUACAGUACGUGUCGAUGGGCUAGGUGACGUGUGUUCCUACGCAUUAAUGGAUGUAGCCAGGCAUGGUGAUGUGAAAUGGAAUGGUUCAACCUCGCAUCCAACUGCCGCUCCGGCACAGGAUGGAAAAACGGAGCUUUCUAUACUUCACUUUGCUUCUAACAAUCCGGAUUGGAAAUGUCCACCUGCCACAGAACAGUUUUUGAAGAGGUUCAGGAGUAGGCUGGAACGUGAUCUCAACGCAACUCUGCAGCCGUCUGAAAUGAAGGACGAGCGGAAUUUGUUAUUGGAUUCAAUGCAUUCGAUAAUGCCGCCGAUAAGAGCAGCACCUUACAGAAAUGUGAUAGGGGAUCGUUGUUAUCCAUAUGCCGUAGCUCCAGAUUCAAUUGUGGGUGGUCUUCUUCCUACCCUGUACCAAACUAAUCCUCAAGGAGCUGAUUCAUUAACGCACAGUCUCCAGCAGAGUGGUGAGGGCGAUAUUAGACUUGGUUUUGAUAGUGAUAUUCUAAGUUUCAAAGCAAAUGUCAUGAAACCAGUGAUGUUCUGCUACCACUCCAUUUCAGGCAUCGACCUAGAUUCAGCUGGAGCCGAUAUGCGAAUCAAGACUUUGUUCCUUCGCGAAAUGCACGAGGAAAGUUUACGGAGGAGCAGCGCGGCCGUGCCCAGUUAUGGAGCAAGCGUGGCUGGUAUUCAUGCGCAAAGUGUUUUUGGUGUCCCUCAGCUUAGCCAGAUGGAAGAAUCGGUGCUACCUGAGAGCGAUGUCCGCAGUCGGCUGCUGCUCCGUCCAAAUUUGCCAGGAACGAGUGAAGAGGAGCCAGAGGAGCGAAGUGGUCAAGACGAGGAAGAAGAACGUAGACGACGAGAAGAAGACGAGGAUGAUGAUUCUCCACCGCAAUUUAUGAAUGUAUGA